AUGGCAGACUUGCUCAUUGGUUUCCCUGCACAAGCCCCUGCCAAACCAUCAACGAAGAUGCGCUUCGCAGAUGUGGCAGUGACAGCAACUGCAAAAGACUUCUCAGGCUUCUACAGAGGCAAGCAAUACCAUCAACCAGACUUCGAUGCCGUCCUCGACCGCGCCUUGGCCGCUGGCGUUGAGAAGGUGAUGCUGACGGGUAUGUCUCUCAGCGACGUCGAUACAAACCUCUCCAUUGCAAAAUCACGGCCGGAGGGUUCAUGUUUUGUCACCAUUGGCAUCCACCCUUACCAUGCCGCCGAGCCAGACGCAGAACCCGAAGGCGGCGAAGACGCCCAUUUUGCCAAACUUGCACAAAGUGUUCGUGAUGCGUUGACCCCCACUCCUAAUGGGAACACUGUAUUAGCUGCGUACGGUGAGCUGGGCCUUGACUACGACCGACUGAACCACGCCUCCAAAGAAGCGCAGGUCCGUACCUUCAAGCGCCAACUGGACCUUUUUGUCGCAGAAGAGUUUGACCUCCCGCUCUUCCUGCACUGCCGCGCCGCUUUCGACGAUUUCGUAGAAAUCAUCAAGCCAUACUUGCCCCAACUUCCCCGACGCGGUCUCGUCCACUCUUUCGUGGGCAGCGCAGCACAGAUGAAGGAGCUGGUGAACCUAGGCUUUGAUGUGAGCGUCAACGGUUUCAGCUUCCAGGAUAAGGAGAGCCUAGAAAUGGCUCGAGAAAUCCCCCUGGAGCGGUUGCAGAUUGAGACGGACGCGCCGUGGGGCGAAAUCCCUGCGGGCUCAGAGGUCGCGAAAAAGUAUCUUACCAAUGCGCCGUCCCUGCCGCCGAGCAAGAAGAAGGACAAGUUUGAGAUGGGUCUGAUGGUCAAGGGACGAAAUGAAAGCUGUACGAUGGCUCGGGUUGCGUUUGUGGUAGCGGGGCUGAAGGGGAUCACUGUCGAGGAGGUGGCGGAGGCUGCUUGGAAGAACAGUGUUGAGAUGUUUGGGUUGGGAGAGAAAUGA